AUGGUGGUCUUGGAGCACGAUCGCGCCUUUGUUCGUGUAAGUUUCAAUGAUCCCAGCUACAGAUUUUACAUCUGGAUGGGACUGGAGGGUCUUGGAUCCGAUGGCCAUUUUACGACGCCUGAGUUGUCUAGUGAUCACUCGGUCGAAGAAAUGGUCGAAUUGAUCACCGCUGCUGUCCCCAAUGCCAGUGACUACAACUUGGCUUUUGAUGUCCGUGUGUUCAAUAAUUCUGAAGUGAUCGAGUGGGUUAAAAAGUAUAACUACUGGAUAAAGAACUACUACAACUCUGGUGGGUCUCAAGCCGACGCAUCGUCUGCGUGGGCGACAUACACUGCAGCUUCACAUGGCGACCAGUAUCCACCGGUAGGUGGGGGCUCGGACGGUUUUUACUAUAACGUUGGACAAGACAGGGACGGCUCGGAUGGCUCAGCUCCAGAUGUUGGUCAGGGCAUGGAGAUAUCGCUUCGAAAUGUCAGCGUUGUGCCCAACUUCUUGGAUGUCUUCGUGGUGGGAGAUGAUCCGACUGAUAGCUCGUCAUCGAAUAUGACUUGGACAGCUCGUGGUAGUGAACUGCGCUUCCAGUUAUCUCCACUCAAUCUGAGCACAUUCGAGUACGUGCCACCCCCACCGUACGUGAAUCUGACUUGGAGUGAAGACAUACCGGAGAAUCCUCACUGGAAUGGUACGGAUGGUGGCAUUUUAAGCAUCUGCGACCAGUGUGAAGAAGCGUACCGCGCGUGUGAUAACAGUAUUUCCUGUAAGAUCGGGCUGCGAGCGUACCUUCAAGAGGCUCUGUCUUCGAGUCGCUUCGAGCCAUACGAAAUCCCAGACGAUACUAUGUCUAACUACAACCGAAGACUGUGGGGUACGGGUAUGACGUCUUCCUGA